AGUGAUCUGAGACAACACAGAAACAAAUUGUUAGAGCUGUUAACAGAUCCCAACCAUGAUAAAGCUACUGUAGAGAAGACUUCCAAUGAUUAUUUCUCAUUGUUAGUGGGUCUAGUGAAACCAUUUGAGGAAGGUGAAACUGAAAAUAAGCUUAGAAAUGCGAUAAAAUUUCGCUGGACGAAUACUUUACUCGGAAAUACUCCAUUAGAGAGACAGGAUACUGUGUUUGAGCUGGCAUCAAUGGCUAUCAAUCUAGCACUGUGGUACACCAAACAUUCAGCCAAGUGGGCUGCCAAGGAAGAGGUUGAUAUGGAGGAAGCGAAAGAAGUACAUAAAUGUUUGCGCACAGCAGGUGGUAUCUUCAAUUAUGUAAAGACGGAGUUGAUACCAAAGUUGAUAGAUAAUACAGAGAACGCGACAGAUACAGACACUCGUAUAUUGGAUGCUUAUAUCAAUCAGUGUACAGCCGAGGCUCAGGAAGUGACACUGGCUAGAGCUAUUGAGUUGAAACAUUCCGCCAGUUUAAUAGCGGCAUUAGCAAAUGAAACAGGACAGUUAUACAAGCGUGCAGAUGAUGCUCUGGCAAGUCUUGAUGCAAAAAUAGUUGGCAAAUGGAGAAAGUAUUUUCAACUGAAGUCAGAUUUUUACAUAGCACAUGCACAUUGUUACAAUGCUGAGGGUUUGUUAGCUCAAGAUAAAUGUGGCGAGGCAAUUAGAGGACUACAAGAAGGAAUUACAUGUUAUGACAAGUCAGCUGUCACCUGUAAGGAUUAUUCUUCCACUAAAGGCCCAGGCACACAAGCCAAACCUCUCAACCAUAUUUUCUUCAGACGUCUUGGUCCUGUGAUGAAAAGAACAUUGGACAAAUGUGAACGAGAAAAUGGACUGAUUUACCAUCAGAAGGUUGCAUAUGACCCGCCGAUAUUAGAGCUGAAGGCCACAUAUGGACUAGUCAGUCCAGAGGAUUACAAAUCACCAGAGUUAAGUUCCCUUUGGUCAGUGGAAGUUUACAAGAAGAUGGAUUCAAAAAUGGCUCCAAAAGCAGGACCACAGUUACCAGGAGAGAAAGAAGACAAAGAGAAGCCUAAGGAACUGCCCCCAGUGAAGGAAAAAGAAUUUCCUAUGUCAGAUAAGGACCCAAAAAACAACAGUGGCUGUAUAGUGUCAUGAGAGCAUAGGAAUAGAUGGAUACAGGGGAAACAACUCUUAACACUGCACCGGUCAGUUGUGUAUGACCUUGACUGCAGUAUGAUAUAGCUGAUUGUGUAGAUAUUUACUGUAUGUUUUAUGUACAUUACACUCAUUAAUGCUGAAACUGAUGAAUGAAAUAAAUUACAAAAGAUCUAUCUGUAAGUAAUUAUUUUAUACAAUUAAACCUUUUUUUUUCAUUAGUUGUGAAAAGCCUGAUAUUUGGUAUCUUCUUUAAUAUACAAGUGCCAUGUUUAGUGUUUAGAAAGGCAAUCACUUAGUGUUGCCACUUGAUACAAAUAACUGUUGAAUUGGAUAGAAGCAUUUCACAAAUGGAUAGAUACAUCAUUUUUUCCAUUUUACUUAAAUAUUUUUUUCAGCAUAGCACAGUAUACAACACAUUGGUUGACAUUUACAUUUCUGGUGUAAGAUUUCUGAAUUCUUACACACCCUUUGUUAUUUGAGCCACACCAUUAGAAAACCCACAUAGUGCAUUUGCGACCAGUAUGGAUCCAGACCAGACUGCGCAUCCCCGCAGUCUGGUCAGGAUCCAUGCUGUUCGCUUUCAAAGCCUGUUGCAGUUAGAGAAACCGUUAGCGAACUGUAUAGAUCCUGACCAGACUGCACAGAUGCGCAGGCUUGUCUGGAUCUGUGCUGGUCUUAAAUGCACUAUGUUGGUUUUCUAAUGGUGCGGCUCAUUUGUUAUUCUAAUGAUAUUUAUUUUGUUUCAUUGUUAGUGACUAUGAACAUUCGUAUAUAUUUGCAAUGUUCAUUUCAUUUUUACUAUGGUAACUAUUACCAGAGAAAUACAUUUGUAUCUUAUGUACGUUUAAAGACUAAAACUUUGUCUGAUGGUGUAACGCUAUGAAAAUGAGGGUAAUUGCAAUUUUGCUGUUGAUGUUUUUCUUGUCCACUACUUGAUUUUCACCCGAGGGGUCUUACACCUUGUCCCAAGUCUGUUCUUCAGCCAGUCUGGCCAUCAUACAAAGUGGGAUUCUGUGGGUUUUUUCAUGAAACUGGGUACCUGGAUAGAUGGCAGUAUGGAGAAUAUGCACAUCCUUUUACUUCUUUGCUAUGGCAAUAAAUAUGGUUGCUGUUUGCAACAGAUAGUAUAAAAUAUGACAAAAAAGUGGGAUUAUGUGAUAACUUGAAAAGUACUGGAGUUUUUUUCAUGAAGCUAGAACAUAGAUAGGAGACAAUAUGGGGAACAUGGAAAAUCUGUAAGCCAAAGUAUGACUUGCUGAAGAGAAAAGUAAGAUGAAGCUGUAACAUAAUUAGCAUCACAUGGCUUGUGUAGAACAUUUGGAUUGGGUGUAAAGAUAUUUCUGAAUAAGGUCUGAAAGAAAGGCGAUUUGGGCCAUAGAUAAAUAUAUUAGCAACAAAUAUCAGUUGAGAAUAAAAUCAACAAUAUCAUAUAACACAAGUUAAUUUCAUUUUAAGCUCAACUUUUCUAAGAUUAUUGAGAGCUAUUCGACUCACCCUACCAUAAGUAUCUGCAUCAAAUCUUGUUUGAAUGUUUUGCAUGCAAGUUCAUAUCUCUUUAACUAUUGUAUGUAACUGGUUGAAGUUUUACACAGACCUGUCAAAUUGGCCAAGUUAGAUAACUCUUUAUUGAAUUAAAUUCAAAUUAUGACCCUUUUUCUACCUAAAAAACUUUGUCAACAUUUUGCUUGCAACCAUCAAGCUGUAUCUGGUUAACCAACUGUAUAUAAUAGGUUUGAACUUCAAACAAUGCUUUCCACUUAUUAGACUUACUGAAAAAAAUCAAAUCACAAAACUUUUAGUUUUAUUUAACCCAUAGCCUGCUGGCGGCGAUUGGUUUUGCCUUUGCAACCAGUGCAGACCAAGAUCAGCCUGCACAUUCGUGCAGGCUGAUCAUGGUCUGCACUGUUCGCUAUUCAGUCAGUAAAUUUUCAGUGAACACCCCUUCGAAUAAUAAAUGGUAUUGCCCAAACUGAAUGAUGGAACAGUCCAUUUUAGAAAUUUAGCAGGCUAAGGGUUAAGGUAGUUCUGCAUGUUCGGAUGAAAAUAUUUUAUGCAUUGUAGAUUUUGAUAAAACCUUGAUUUUUCAAAACUUAAGAAUAUGCAAAGAAAAAGUGGCAAGUAAAAAGUUAGGGUCGUGUGCUUGAUUUUUUGACUGGUUUGAAAAAUUUGAACUUCAGACAAGUUUCCAUAAUGGAAUGUGUGAAAAUCAUGAUAUUGAUGACAUUUUUGUGAAAAUAUUUUUUUCUACAAUGUAAAUUUUAACAACUGCUUACAGAUAUGAAUAAACAUAUGACCUAUAACAUAUCUAAAUAAAAUGUAUAGGUCCGUUUGCUUGUUGUUGAGAUUUUUUCCCAUGAUUAAAGAGAUAUGCACAUUUCAAGCUGAUUUUAAGACACUUUUUUGGAUGCCUAACAUGCCAAAUGUUUUUAUAUCAUAAACUUUAGAAAGAUAAUUAUGUUGCCUUUAUGAUAGAUUUACUCAGGUUGUCAUUAAUUCAUAAAAUGGUCUUCGAUUUCAAAAGCGGAAUCGAGUCUGUAUGCGAUGCGGAUGUUACCCUGUUACUUCCAGUUAUAACCAAGUUAGAUAACUCAUGUAUGAAUAUAGUACAAAAUAGGGCCAUUUUUCAGCUUAGAAUAUUUGGUGACCAUUUUGCAGUUAACAAUCAGACUGUAUCUCAGAAACAACUCAACAUAUUGGAUUGGAACUUCAUGCAAGGCAUCCUUGUCAUCAGACAUCCAUACUAAAGUUAGAGAACUCUUUUAAUAAAAAUUGGUUCAAAUUAUUGCUCUUUUUUGAUCAGAAAAUUUGUUGUUGUUUAAAUUUGUAAGAAAUCAUAAUAAUUUAUUGCAGUUAAGAAUGUUUGAGCGUUUUUUCAGGAUAUCCGCCAUUUCGAAAAAUGUUUCUUCGAAUAUUGCUUUCUAACAAAAGUUUUGCCAAAAAUUAAUGCUAAAUAAUUAAAAUAUGGCUAAUAAUGUACCAUUUGACCAAAUUGAUUCUAUCUUCUGUGAAUUUUUUUUUUCACUCUUAUUUUUGGCUGGCAUUUGCCUAAAAUUGAUGUAAGAUUUACAAUGGGGGUAGGGGUAGGUAAUUUCAAAUAUCUAUUAAAGUAGAUCAGGUUUGCUUUUGAUAUUUUCGUGACUGAUACAUGUAAUAAUAAGCUAUAAUUGAAAUAAAAGUUUUCAAGAUAGCACCUUACAUUACCUAGAAAAUAUAAAUUAAAACAAAAAGAACAAAAAAUUUCAAAAUUCACCAGUUUUUAACAGUUUUUUUAUUAAUAAAUCCCUUAGAUGCACAGUGACCCAAUUUUUUUUUCUUUCUGUUGUGAAGCAUUUUAAUGUGACAUUAAAGCUGCAAAAUAAUUUGAAAAUCUUAACAUGAGAAUUGUUUUUCAGAUCUAAAUACUUUUUUUCCAUUGAAAGUAAAGUGGGUUGGGUAAUUAUGUAAAUAUGUAAAAAUGAAAGAGACCAGUUAGUGACAUUUAUGCUUAUAUAAUACUGAUAUCACCUUGUAUUCAUAUUAACCUGUAAGACAUGAAAUCCCUAAAACAUUAAAUGGAAUAUUAUAUGUUUUAUAAAGUACCACCAUUUUUUUCAAUUUUACAAAAUUUUAGAAAUGCUUAAACAGUGAGUGAAGAAAAUGCCCUAUAAAAUUAAAAUGAGUUCAGUGACCUGUGUUUUUUCUCCUCUUGUUUGUCUUGGAAACUAAUAUUCUUCAAGCUCACAGAGUAUGAAAAAAUUCUUAACGUUGGAAAAAAUUCGCUCAUACAUCCUUAACUCUGUCAAGUUAUGGCCCAUGUUUGACUUAGAAGUUGUCAAAUAGUCAAGGAUAUCCCUUGGUAUGAAGACAUUUAUACUUGAAGCCAGUGUGUUCCAUUUUUCUAUAACAAAUUAAAAUUUUCUUUGUUUGACUUUUAUAUAUUGAUCACAUUAAUCACAUGCAUUUUUAAGAAACAGAACAAUUGAAAACUUAUUUAAUAAACUUCUAAAUUCAG